AUGUCCUUCUCGGUUGAAGGAGAUGGUCGUCUCGACCUUAAACAGCGCGUCCAGGAUAUGGACAACGACAACUGGAAAGAAGGCCACACUCGAGUCGCCGGCCAAAAACACUUCAAGUCAUCGCAGAAAGUCAGCAUAAAAGAGCGCGUCAAGCAUUUAACCUGGGCUUGGUUUACAUUUGUUAUGAGCACAGGCGGUAUCGCGCUGUUGCUGCACUCUACACCACACCAGUUCAGAGGGUUGGAGGUUAUCGGAAAGAUCUACUACAUCCUAACGAUAGUACUAUUCCUCACUAUUGUUUCGGGUCUUGUUCUGCGAUUUACUACGACGCCGAAUGCGCUGAAGAAUAGCUUGAUGCAUCCGACAGAGAGUCUUUUCUUUCCGUGCUCUCUGCUCAGCAUUGCGACUAUCAUAUCGAAUGCAGGUGUUUAUGGUGUUCCUUCGGCAGGGCCCUGGUUGGCCGAUGCGCUGAGGGUGUGUUUUUGGAUUUAUGCUGGUGUCACCAUCUUAUCAGCUAUAGUCCAGUACUUUGUCCUCUUUACCGGAGCUCAUCUCCCCAUUCAUUCCAUGACACCCGGUUGGAUUUUGCCCAUUUUCCCAAUUAUGCUUACCGGAACUCUUGCGUCUUCUCUCAUGUCUACGCAAAGCUUGGAAUAUCGAAUGGCGAUGUUGGUGGCUGGCGUGACUUUUCAGGGCCUCGGGUGGACUGUUGCAUUCCUCAUCUACCCAUUGUAUGUGGGUAGACUAAUGCAAGAUGGUUUGCCAGCACCAGCGAUGAGGCCAGGUAUGUUUAUCGCAGUCGGUCCAGCCGGAUACACCUCUGUGGCCAUCAUUGGCAUGUCCAGGGCACUUCCGGAAGGUUAUGGUUAUUUCGCGACGUAUCCGAUGGCACAAGACGUUCUCCGGAUAGUAGCGCUUUGGCUAAGUAUAUGGAUAUGGUGUGUUGGGUUCUGGUUCUUUGGAUUCGCCCUCCUUGCCGUCCUGUCGUCUGCUUUUAAGCGCAAGUUGCAGUUCAGCAUGACGUGGUGGGCUCUUGUUUUUCCCAACAUCGGGUUUACCCUUGCUACAGGAAAUAUCGGGCAAGAGCUUGAGAGCGAAGGGAUUCAGUGGGUUGCAAGCGUUUUGACGGUAUUCCUGGUGAUUAUGUGGUUUGUUGUGUUAUACGGGAUGGUAUCAGCAGUUGUUCGCAAGAAGCUUCUUUGGCCUGGGCGGGAUGGAGAUGAGUCUUAG